AUGAAAGCGUUUGCUGGUUUAGUUUUCUUGGUAGUGGCCGCAUUGGCUGACAAUGGUUGCCCCCAGGACCAAGCUUUGGAUUGGAAAAUAGAAAAAGUAUUGCCUCACAAGCAAUGCAACAAAUUUUACAAGUGCGCUCAUGGUCAGCCUGUGGAGAUGCAGUGCCCUUCCAUACUUUUCUUCAACCAGGAUACAUCGAGAUGCGAUUGGCCAUCUUUAGUGGAUUGUACCGGCCGACAGCUGCCAGGAUCCUCUGAAGAAAGCGAGGAAGUAGCAGGAGCAAUUGGUAUACAAGAUCCAAACCUGAACACAAUAGAUACAAGUCUAGACGGUGCAAGCAACGCCACUGAUGAAAACACCGAAGCGGAAACUGAACAAGAGGUUGAGAGUCCUGAAGUAGUGCUUCCAGAAACUAGCACGAUACCGUCUAUUGAACUGAAAGAAAAUGGUUGCCCUGUAGAUCCUCUCAUUCAUUGGUUGACGCCCCACGAAGACGAUUGUACUCUAUUCUACUACUGUGAUUGGGAUACAAAAGUUCUGCGACAAUGUGCACCUUAUACACACUUCAAUAGAGAUCUCCAGGUUUGCGAUUAUCCCGAGAGAGCCGGCUGCUUGAACGAAACUCUUACAAGAUAA